AUGAUGAACAUUAACAAAUAUGCUUCCACUACUCGUUUUAUAACCCGCUUUCUUCACAAAAGAAAUUUUCAUGCAUUGCCCAUUUCAAACCAAUUUGUCAUUAAGCCCGAAAUAAAAGCAGCAAUUCAAAACCAAGGACCUGUAGUUGCACUUGAGUCUACUAUCAUCAGUCAUGGUAUGCCAUAUCCUCAAAAUGUUGAAACAGCUAAAACAGUAGAAACCAUCAUUCGAAAUCAGGGAGCUAUUCCUGCAACCAUUGCUUUGUUAGAUGGUCGAAUUCAUAUUGGACUCACUGAUCAAGAACUUGAAUAUCUCGGAAAAAUAGGUCGAAAAGCACAAAAGACGUCAAGACGUGAUUUAGCCAUGGUUCUUUCUCAAAAAAAGACGGGUGCAACAACAGUAGCAAGUACCAUGUUCUUGGCAAGAGCUGCUGGUAUACCUAUCUUUGUUACAGGUGGUAUUGGUGGCGUACAUAGAGGAGCAGAACAAACUUUUGACAUUAGUGCAGAUUUAAUUGAAUUAGGCAAGACACCUGUAGCUGUGAUUUGUGGAGGCGUUAAAAGUAUAUUGGAUAUACAAAAGACAUUAGAGUAUCUUGAGACUCAAGGAGUUACGGUAACGACCUUGGAUAAACAAAGUAAGCGAUUUCCUAGUUUUUAUACACCUGAUAGUGGAAUUGAUAGCCCUUAUUAUCUGGAGAAUACAUUAGAUGCAGCUAAAUCCAUUUUGGCCAAUCAUCAAUUGGGAUUAAAUAGUGGUAUGGUAUUUGCUGUCCCUAUUCCAAAGGAAGCAGCCGCUGAUGCAGCAUCUAUCCAAACUGCAAUCGAGCAUGCAAUUUCCGAAGCAAGAGCAAAUAAUAUAACUGGAAAGGAGGAAACACCAUUCUUAUUAAAACGUAUUGCUGAAUUGACACAAGGAGAAUCCCUUGUAGCAAAUAUUGAACUUGUCAAAAAUAAUGCAAGAAUUGGGGGUCAAAUUGCUGUACAUUUAUCUCAACUAAAAAAAUAG